AUGGUGGUGCGAUUGAGAUGGUGGUGCGAGAAAAUAGCAAAUGGAACAUGAACGAUCCUUCCUUUUACCACGUAUCACCACAUUCCGUUUGUUUUCGAACAUUAAUGAACGAACGAUCGUUCGUAGGACGUAUUUAUUCGCGAUAGAAAACUCGUUACGGGCUUUAAUUCUCGUCGGUUGAUGUAUUUCAAGAUGGCGACGACUUAAGAACAAACAAAAUAGGCGUUGCUUCGAAGUUACGCAGUCGAUAUUCUUUAUCAUUAAGAGCCUGGGGUUCCUUCCCGAUGAUACGCGGACGCAAGCCACUUUGUAGUCAAAGUGAAAGGCGGCGGUGAAAGGCGGAGGAAGAGGGAGAGAAAGAGAGAGAGAAGAUAGGACGACUGAAAAUGGCCAAGGCGAAUGACUCUCUUUGUAUCGGUUGUUGCUGAAGAAAAAGCUACGGAGACACAAUACGGCGCGGGAGAAAAAGAGAAAGGAAGAGAAAAAGAAAGAAAGAGAGAGACACAAAAGGUGUGCCGGUAGGGCGGCGGUUUGUGCGCGCGCACACGGUCAAGCAGCUACCACGAGAGAUUGUGUUUGUAUUGUGUGUACGUAUCAUAAGAGCGAUGUGCGCGGUAUCGCGUGGCUCAGACCAACUUGGACCGUACAUUUGAGCGGGACUUGGUGUUCGACCACGUACUUACCUACGUACAUAUACGAUCGCGCUUUACUGCCAGCUGGAGAGUAGUUGAUCUAUCUAAAAUCAGGAAUUAAAGGAUUACUUACUGUUUAUCCCAGCGUAUAAUAGAUUGCCCAGUGGCUAUCAAUCGAGACUUUUAAUUCGAUCAAAUUCAUAUUCGAUUUCCUUUGAUUCGUCGAAUAGAACGGAGGAAGGAAACAAAAACAAAAACAGAUAAAAGAACAGAAUAAAGGAUAAAGAACAAAAAAAAAAAAGAAAAAAAAGAGAAACAAAAGAGAGAGAGAGAGAGGGGAAAAAAGAAAAAGAAAAAUUUGACGACAUGUGCGGAAUAUUCGCUUACCUUAACUAUCUAACGCCGAAAAGUAGGAAGGAGAUUUUGGAGCUUCUCGUAGGUGGAUUGAAAAGAUUGGAAUACCGUGGAUAUGAUUCUGCAGGCGUUGCCCUUGAUUCAGCCGGGGGGAAAGAUAUUUCCAUCAUCAAAAAAACUGGAAAGGUCAAGGCACUGGAAGAGGAAAUCUUUCACCGUACCGACGUUGAUUUUGAAUCUAAAACCGAUAGUCACGUUGGCAUUGCCCAUACGCGUUGGGCUACUCACGGUGUACCAUCCGAAGUGAAUUCGCAUCCUCAACGAUCCGAUUUCGAGCAUAGCUUCGUCGUUGUUCACAAUGGUAUCGUGACGAAUUACAAAGAAGUAAAGACCUUGUUAGAGCAAAGGGGAUACGUUUUCGAGAGCGAAACCGAUACCGAAGUGAUUGCCAAAUUAAUUCAUCAUCUUUGGAUCAUUCAUCCAGGAUACUCUUUCCGUGAACUUGUAGAGCAAGUCGUACAACAAAUCGAAGGGGCAUUUGCAUUGUGUUUCAAGAGCAAACAUUUCCCAGGCGAGUGCGUAGCUACAAGAAGAGGCUCGCCUCUUCUCGUUGGUAUCAAAACGAAAACAAGAUUGGCCACCGAUCACGUGCCCAUUUUAUAUGGCAAAGAUGACCCACAACCCGCGAGCAAAGAAGGUGACACGUCGUCUCAAGAUCAUCGUCCUCAUGGCCGCAAUGCCGAGCUUCCUGUGAUACCUCGAAGCGAGAGUACGUCCGAGUUUCAGCCUUUGGAAGACAAAGAGGUCGAGUACUUUUUUGCAUCCGACGCCAGUGCCGUGAUCGAGCACACCAAUCGUGUCAUCUUCCUUGAGGACGACGAUGUGGCUGCCGUUAAAGAAGGAGCUCUCAGUAUCCAUCGACUCCGUCGUUACCUGGAUGAUCCUCAUGCGAGAGAGAUCACGACCCUUAAAAUGGAGAUUCAACAGAUCAUGAAGGGUAACUACCAAUAUUUCAUGCAAAAGGAGAUAUUUGAACAGCCUGAAUCGGUGGUGAACACGAUGAGAGGUCGUUUGAAUUUCCAAGACAACUCUGUAACAUUAGGUGGCAUCAAGGACUAUAUUCCCGAGAUAAAGAGAUGCAGACGAUUGAUGCUUAUCGGUUGUGGCACGAGUUAUCACUCUGCCAUUGCGACGAGACAGCUACUCGAAGAAUUAACCGAACUCCCUGUAAUGGUUGAAUUGGCCUCAGACUUUUUGGAUAGAAAUACUCCAGUUUUUCGGGACGACGUGUGCUUUUUUAUCUCGCAAUCGGGCGAAACCGCUGAUACCUUGAUGGCAUUGAGAUAUUGCAAAGGUCGAGGAGCUUUGAUCGUCGGUAUCACGAAUACCGUUGGCAGUAGUAUUUGUCGAGAAUCGCAUUGCGGUGUACACAUUAAUGCUGGCCCUGAGAUUGGUGUGGCCAGUACAAAAGCAUACACUUCUCAGUUUAUUUCGUUGGUAAUGUUUGCAUUGGUCAUGAGCGAGGAUAGAAUCUCUCUCGGUGCGAGACGUCAGCAGAUCAUAGAGGGAUUGAAGAAUUUGGACAAGCUGAUUCGGGAGGUUUUGAAAUUGGACGACGAGGUGAAGGAAUUGGCAAAGUCCUUGUUCCAACAUAAGUCUCUUUUGAUCAUGGGUAGGGGAUAUAAUUUUGCGACGUGUAUGGAAGGUGCCUUGAAAGUGAAAGAAUUGACCUACAUGCACAGCGAAGGAAUUAUGGCGGGUGAAUUGAAGCACGGACCCUUGGCUCUGGUCGAUGAUUCGAUGCCCGUAAUCAUGAUCGUUAUGAGAGACCCUGUGUACGUGAAAUGCAUGAAUGCCCUACAACAAGUAACGGCGCGCGAAGGCAAGCCUAUCGUCAUUUGCGAGGAAGGAGACAAGGAAACGAAAUCCUUUGCGUAUAAGGCACUCGAAAUACCAAAAACUGUCGAUUGCCUACAGGGUAUCCUUACUGUCAUCCCUAUGCAAUUGUUAUCUUUUCACAUUGCCGUUUUACGUGGCUGCAACGUCGAUUGUCCACGUAAUUUGGCAAAAUCCGUUACCGUCGAGUAAAGGCUCAUUAAAUCGAUCCUUUCGACGAGUAGUUAAGCAGAUGGGGAGGGAGAGAGAGAGAGAGAGAGAGGGAGAGAGAGAGAGAGAGAGAGAGAGAGAAGAGAGGUCGUGCGACGAACUUGAACUUUCUAAUCUUUCAAAAGCACAGAGUAUUUAUCCAUCGGCAAUAAACGAUCAUUCCGAUCGUUUGUUCGUAUUAUAGGACUCGUUGUACGAUUAUAAAAUAGGACAACCACGUUGUCGUUUAUAAGGACAACAAAUUUUUCAUGAUUCUUUUUCUCUCAAGGACCAACAGGGCUGUGCAUUUAAUCGACGCGUCGAGUUCGAAAGUAAUUUUUCAAUGGCGAAUCGAACGUAUAUAAUACGAUUGAUUCGAAUCUCGGGUAUAAUGCAAUAUGAUGAAAUAUGAUAUAGAAUACUUUCGAGUUGCUGUACCGACGAUACGACCAGGAUUUUGAAUACUUCGUAAUAAGUAAGCGAACGAACCAUAGCUGUGGGAUCGCAUAAAUUUAUAAGAGAGAGAUAAACAUUCUUUUACAUUUUCCAUUUGUACGAAGGAAUAAUUUCAAUUAUUGCAUUUACGGAAAUAAGAAGACUGUAUAAUCCAUAAAUCGUUAUUAUUCUUUGUUUCGUACGACACAUGUGAUAUUAUCGAUUAGAACGUGUUUUAUGAGAGACUGCGAAAAAGAUUUUUACACUCGAGCCGAUCGUUACGAAAUCCUCCGGUCUUUUUACGUCACAUUGAAAAUGAUUUUGCAUAGGUACGCGAGUUUAUUCGAAAUUAUAGCCAAAUCGUUCGUACGAUUAAAAUCGAUCGUUGAAAUAUCGCAUGUCAUCCCAAUUAAUCACCGAUAAAAGGCUAACUCAUUACGCGUUUGAGCGGACAAGGUAGAGUAAGAGAGUUUUUAAGUAAUUAUAUAGAUAAGUCAUUAACAAACACGAGCGUAGACGUAGAACGUCAUUUUAUACCGAAAACAAAUUUUCACGAAUAUAAGACGGAUAUAUAGCUCUUAUCGAUUUUGAUCCCCUAAUAAGAAAAAAAAAAAAAAAAAAAAGGACGGACCAUUACGAUCAGACGAUUUUGACUCUUUUGUAUGUGGGAAAGAAUUUCACGAAUUUGUUGUAUUUUUAAAUGAUUCCUAUCAGGAACAAAAUCUAUAUUUUCCAGAAAUCUUUCGUAUAAGAAAAUAUGAUUUUUAAAAACAGA